AUAGCAUCAGUACAGACGUUGAUAAGAGGGAUUUGAUACAGAGCACAAAGCACUCCAAAAAAAUCUAAACUCGAACUCAGUGUACAGGAACAUGGAGAGAAGGAAGGAGAGAGAGAGAGAAAAAGAGAGAGACACACACAGAGAGAGAGUUAUAACGUGCUGCCUGCUCCAACUCAACCCAGACAGCGUCCUUCAGAGGUAAUCAGAGGAGGGGGGAGUCACUGGCUGUGGUCAUAUUCAGAGCUCGGGUGAUGAGGACUGUGGUCCUCCGAGGUCCCAAUGCAAGACACGACCGUUGACUUUUGGAUUUUCAUUGAACCUUAACACUUACCCGCAGCUGGCUGGUAGCAUAUUCGUGACCACACUACUGCAGCCGUCCUGUAUCUGCUUUGUGAUGUGACCACUGGCUGCGCCAAAGUGGCGCUUUUACGCACGAUGGAGGAGUUAUUACGCGUGCAGAGUGCUUGGGCGCAGAAUAUUUCCUGGAGCAACUCAAGUCGUGGGAAUGACACACACCUAGGAAAUAGCACGGUGAAUCCUUUGAAACGAAACGAAGAGGUGGCCAAAGUUGAAGUUACCGUCCUAGUCCUUGUGUUCCUGCUCGCCCUGACCGGCAACCUGUGCGUCCUGUGGGCUAUUCACGCCACCAAGCACAGCCAGUCUCGGAUGUAUUACUUCAUGAAGCACCUGAGCAUUGCAGAUCUCGUGGUUGCAGUUUUCCAAGUGUUACCUCAACUUAUUUGGGAUAUCACUUUUCGCUUCUAUGGGCCAGAUUUUCUCUGUAGGCUGGUAAAAUACCUUCAGGUCGUGGGGAUGUUUGCUUCUACCUACAUGCUCGUUCUGAUGUCCAUCGACAGGUGUUUAGCGAUCUGCCACCCACUCCGCUCCGUGCACAAGAGGAAGGACCGCUGCUGUGUGAUCGCGUCCUGGAUGCUCAGCCUGAUAUUCAGCACUCCUCAAGCGUACAUAUUUUCUUUAAAGGAGGUCGGGCAUGGCGUUUAUGACUGCUGGGGCGACUUUGUGCAGCCGUGGGGGGCAAAAGCAUACAUCACAUGGAUGAGUCUCAGUAUUUACAUUAUCCCAGUGGCUAUUUUAAGCAUCUGCUAUGGGCUGAUCUGCUUUAAAAUAUGGCAGAACUUCAAUCUAAAAACCAGAAGGGACCACUUCCUGGCUCUGACUCCCAGGCCCUCAAAAGGCGCACAUCCUCUCUGCCGUGUGAGCAGCGUGAGGCUCAUUUCAAAGGCAAAGAUCCGCACAGUGAAAAUGACAUUUGUGGUGGUCCUUGCAUACAUAGUGUGUUGGACUCCCUUCUUCUUUGUCCAGAUGUGGUCUGCAUGGGAUCCUGCUGCCCCAAGAGAAGACAUGGCCUUCAUCAUUGCCAUGUUGCUGGCCAGCCUCAACAGCUGCUGUAACCCCUGGAUUUACCUGUUCUUUGCUGGUCACCUGUUCCACGACCUGUCACAGUGCUUCUUUUGCUGCUGUCGACCGUAUCUGACUGCCUCCACCUGCCGCUGUGAACAGCAGUGCAGGCACAAGAGCAACUGCUCCACAUUCGUCAUCAAGAACCUGGCAGCCAGCGGAGCCUCUCACACACAUCCAGCACUGGGGGACCGGGACACUGAAGAGCCAGCUGAAAGCCAUCCAGGCUUCCUGUAGUAGAAUAAUCUGGCAAUUGUGUGAGUCCCACAUUUCAGGCACUUAAUCUUCUGUAAGAGCACUGCAGCAGCUAUUGCAUUGCAUUUGGAUUGAACAAAAAGGACACUUUGUAAACCUCCUGUACAGAAAGUUUUCCCCCUGUCACUAUAAGAAGGCAAAGCAAAGUGUAUUUUUGUAAAGAAUGCGAACAAAAAUUAUGUAAACUGAAGCUUUACACCAGCUACAUAUUUAAAUAUGUGUUUCUUCUGCUUUUUUUAUAACACCACUUUCCUUUUUGACUAUCUUAACACCAGGUUCCUGCUAUAAAUACUUAAGUCACUUGUAUUGUAGGCUUGAGCAUUUGGAUACCAGUUGUCACCGUGUACAUACAGCUAGGAGGAUUUUAGAAGCUGUUUGUAUUGUUCUGUUGCUCCUUGUCGUUGUUGUUGUAUUACUUUAUUCUCAAGUGAUAUAAAAUAAUCUCUGCAAUUUAAAUAUUGCGAUUAUAUAUUGUUGGGAGGACAGUCU